UCUCUGAGAAAGAGCACACUUUGGGGGAUCCACUGGUGUGACGUGUUUUGGGGUGCUUGUUUCCUCCUCUGCCACCUGCAGCUCGGAGCUCCUGUCAGGGCAGGGAUAUCAGCUCCCCACUUUUGUCUGGAGGAUCACCCCUCUGGGGUCUCAGAGGAAUGAUGGAAGCCUUGGGAUUUCUGAAACUGGAAGUGAGUGGCCCCACGGUGACAGUGGCCCUGCUGGUGGUUCUCCUGGCCCUCCUGAAAUGGUAUUCCACAUCAGCGUUCUCGAGGCUGGAGAAGUUGGGCAUCAGACACCCCAAGCCUUCUCCUUUUAUUGGCAACUUGACAUUUUUCCGCCAGGGGUUUUGGGAAAGCCAAAUGGAGCUCAGAAAACAGUACGGACCUCUGUGUGGGUACUAUCUUGGUCGCCGGAUGUAUAUUGUUAUUUCCAGGCCAGACAUGAUCCGGCAGGUGUUGGCUGAGAACUUCCGCAACUUUACCAACAGAGCGGCGACAGGUUUGGAGCCCAAGUUGGUAGCCAACAGCAUUCUGUUCUUACGCGACAGAAGAUGGGAAGAGGUCAGAGGCGUCCUGAUUCCUGCUUUCAGUCCUGAAAAGCUGAAUGAGAUGAUGCCCCUCAUCAGCCGAGCCUGUGACCUUCUCCUGGAUCACUUAAAGCGCUGUGCAGAAUCCGGUGAUGCGUUCGACAUCCAGAGGUGCUACUGCUAUUACACCACAGAUGUGGUGGCCAGCGUGGCCUUCGGCACCCAGGUGGACUCCCGGAAGGUUCCUGAGGACCCCUUCGUGGAAUACUGCAGGCGUUUCUUUGCAUCCUGCGUCCCCAGGUCUCUCCUGGUUUUGAUCUUAUCAUUUCCAUCCAUAAUGGUCCCACUGGCCCGGAUUCUGCCCAAUAAGAACCGAGAUGAACUGAACGGCUUUUUUAACAAACUCAUUAGGAAUGUCAUUGCCUUGCGGGACCAGCAAGCAGCAGAAGAGAGGCAGAGAGACUUCCUCCAAGCAGUGCUGGACGCCCGGCACGCAGCGAGCUCCGUGGGCGUAGAGGACUUUGACUUGGCCAGAGAGGUCCUGUCCCCUAGCACGGGCAGAGUGGACCCCACCCAGCAGCAGCCCAGAGCCUUGUCCAUGCCUUUGACUGUGGAUGAGAUCGCGGGUCAGGCCGUGCUCUUCCUCAUCGCGGGCUAUGAGAUGGUCGCCAACACGCUGUCCUUCGCCACCUACCUGCUGGCCACCCACCCCGACUGCCAGCAGAGGCUUCUGAGAGAGGUGGACCUCUUCAAGGAGAAACAUAGGGCCCCUGGGUACCGCAGCCUCCAGGAAGGCCUGCCCUAUCUGGACAUGGUGAUCGCAGAGACCCUGAGGAUGUACCCGCCGGCGUUCAGGUUCACGCGGGAGGCAGCGCAGGACUGCAAGGUGCUGGGGCAGCGCAUCCCCGCGGGCGCGGUGCUGGAGACAGCGGUGGGUGCCCUGCACCACGACCCCGAGUACUGGCCACACCCUGAGACCUUCGACCCGGAGAGGUUCACAGCAGAGGCCCAGCAGCAGCGGCAGCCCUUCACAUACCUGCCCUUCGGGGCCGGUCCCCGGAGCUGCCUCGGGGUGCGGCUGGGGCUGCUGGAGGUCAAGCUGACACUGCUCCGCGUGCUGAGCGAGUUCCGCUUCGAAGCCUGCAGCGAGACUCAGGUUCCACUGCAGCUAGAAUCCAAAUCUGCCUUGGGCCCAAAAAAUGGUGUCUACAUCAAGAUUGUAUCCCGCUGACACUGGGUUACUGGGAGAGGAAGGAGCACCUCAUGGCUACAGUAUCUGCAAACUGGUGUUAUAAGGGCACCCCUGAGUUUACAAAAAUCCUCCAUGGAAGUGCCAAUGUUUUAAAACACAUCUGGCAUGACUGAGAGGGUGCCUGGUACACAAAUUAAAGGAGAUUAUUCAUGAGGUAUUUCCUACGUGCUUAAUAAACAUUUGUUGC